AUGGAAGAUUUAAUUGAUUUUAUCAAUAAUUUAAGGGAGGGGUUUAUCCGUUGCGGGAUGCCUUUCACAUUUGGGUUGCCACAAAUUGCUGUGGUGGGUGGCCAAAGUUCCGGUAAAUCAAGUUUACUAGAAACUUUUGUUCGGCGAGAUUUUCUUCCUCGGGGCAGUGACAUUGUUACCCGGACGCCGUUGAUUCUUAAUCUCAAAAAUUCAGACGGUCCAGAGCACGGUGUCUUCCUUCAUCGCCCCGGGCCGAUGUACGAUUUUAGUGCAAUUAAAGAGGAAAUUGCCAACCAGACAGAAAUUUUGGCUGGACCCGGGAAAAACAUUUCAAAUAUUCCAAUCCACCUGACCAUCUUUUCGCCGCAUGUCGUGGACGUAACAUUGGUCGACUUGCCAGGGUCCGUUAAGGUCAGAGUUUCUUCUCAGCCCAGCGAUAUUGUGAAUCAGGUUCACUCCACAAUCAUGAAGUACAUAAGCAAAGAAGAAACAAUAAUUUUAGCGGUCACUGCUGGGAAUGUCGACCUAGCUAAUUCGGAUGCAAUACAGAUUUCACAAGAAGUGGAUCCUGAAGGAUACGUGGGGGUAGUUCUGCGGUCCCAGGAGGAUAUCGAAAAUAACGUCAGCAUGGUCGAGGCUCUCGAAAACGAGAAAAGAUUCUUUACGGAAAGUGAGGAAUUUCGCCACCUCAACGGCAGAAUUGGAACAGAAUAUCUCGGGAACCUAUUGAGUAAGGAACUGAGAGCUCACAUAAUGCGUUGCAUCCCAUCAUUGAAGCAGUAUAUGCAGAAAAAUCUGGAUAAUGCAAACUCCAAAAUUGCUGAGCUGGAUCCCCUUUUCAGUCCGAGAUACAAACGACAAACGAUAUACAGAUUGCUGGAUAGCGUCCGGAUUUCAAUAGUUGAUGAGCUUGAAGGACUAUAUCCCACCCUCGUGCAGCUAUCUGGUUAUUCAACUGGUUCAUUAGUACUCAGAGCUGCAACGAAGCAUAAGGCUGCGCUAAUGUCGGCAGAGAUUGACCUCGACGAGGCAGCAAUAGGGUAUGCUAUUACAAAUAGCGCAGCCGUGAACUUUUUCCAUUUUACGUCCAACUCACCUCUUCAAAGACUUUUGAGUUUUGAACUUGGAAAAAUCAUUACUCCGAUAAUCGAUGCAAUUGAGGAGAUAUCAGACCUCGUUGUUACAUGCACUACUCAAGCACUACAGCAACUUUCGGGAUUUCCUACUUUGCAAGAAAUUGUGCGAGGCAAAUUAAAACAAAAUAUUGAGAAGCAGAAGAAAAAAUGCAUCUUACUGAUGACAUCAUUUAUCCGAAGUCGACAAGUGUACAUUGAUCCAGAUUCUGUGAAGACUGUCAUUCCUGACAAGCUGGGCGCCCCCCUACAGUCUCCACCACGCAAAACACGGGGUCAACCUCUUCACUAA